UGUCAGGCACUUAAAUUUUUGACUGUGGUUCGCGGGUGAAAGAAAGAAAUUGAUUGGUAUUGUGAUUGUGAAAUUACCGGUCGGAUUUUCAGUUUUGAGGAAACGUUGCACUUGUUUUCAUUUUCACCAUGAAUGAAUCAAUACUAAUACCAUCACCAAAUUGGUUCUACCCGUCUGUAAUGGCUGUGAGUUCUGAUGGCUGGCUUAUUUAUGGAGGACCGAGUAAAAGUAUUUGUGUUUGUGAACCACAAACGAAGGAUAUCGGUAUUAUAGCUGCAAAAGAUAAAUAUCAAGCUCACGUUUUUUUCGUAGGAAAUUCAGAGAGGAUUAUAUCAGUGGACUUAUCUCCGGAAUGGUUAGAAAAAAAGUCCUUCGUCUCUGGUACUCAAGAUGGUACUGUGAAACAAUGGUUCAUACAAAAGGAAAAUGAUAAAAUGAAAAUUAAAGAUCCACAAUGCCACGAAUUUCAUAAGACUGUUAGUGAAGAUCUAGUUGGAGUAGGUUACAGUAAUGCUACAACAGCUAUUUCAGUUGGAGCUCAUAAUAACAUAGUCAAAUGGGACCUAGCAUCAAAUGUUACCAAGGUGUACAACCACUUUAUGAAGACCUUCCGAGCUACCUGCAUGGCAUGUUCCCCUCAUGUAUCGUUGCAGGUGGCUGUAGGGACAAAACAGGGUGUAGUCUUCCUUAUCGAUUUGCAUGGUAAAGGAAAACUACUAUACAAAGUCCGAGGCCAAGAUGACCCAGUAAUGUACCUGAGCUGGUGCCCAAAAUAUGUCACAACCGUAGUAAAUAAAGGUAAAGAAGUCCAGUCGUCACUUGCUGAACGACUUCAAGCUAUAAGAAGAGAAGCAGACCAGGAAACUGAACAGCUAGAACAAUCUGGAAUUGAGAAGAACCUUCCGGAAGAUAGCUUCGAUGAGUCUGUAGUACAGGAGGAUGAUACAUUUGACAUCUAUAAAGACCAUGAACAUGAUGAGUUUGGGCAUAAAAAGUAUGAACCGGAGAGUAUCAGGGUAAAGGUGAAGAAGGAGGAAGCUGCAGAAACUGAUUAUUUAGCUGAAUGUUUGAAGUUAAAAGAGGAGAUAUUGAGGAGAAAGAAUCAACCAGAACCAAGUAUAGAGUCAUUGGUUAAUGCAUUAGAUGGGACCCAUGUAGAAAGUGACAAUGAUGGUCCAACUGCACAAGCUGAGGCAGAAAAUGCUCAAGCCGUGCCUGAACCAGCAACAAGUUCAGUGAAGACUGUCAAAAUUAGUUGUCGCACUAGUCAAGAGCAUAAACAUCUGCUUGCAUCAAUAGGAAAAGUUGGAGGAGUUCGAAUAUGGUCAGAGACAGGUAAACUAGUGGCCACUUGUGUUAUUCCGGCGGUUCCUAAAAGUGCUAUGAAAGGAAAUUUCGUCGCUUCACUGCUUUGGUACACUCCCACAACACUUCUUGUUAUUGAUGGUAGAAACCAACUGCUGGAGAUUAAUCCACUUAGAAUUGACAAAAAGAACAGACUAGAUUGGUGUGUAUUAAAGCACUUACACAAGCGUGGGAUGUACUGCAUAAAGACAAAUGCGCCAUCAGUGCAAGAGAAUGACGUACAGUCCUCAGAUGAUUGGUCCGUGUGGACCGUAGCACAGGACAGGACUAUUAUACGAUAUUGUAUGAAGAAGAAAAGGACUUUGGCUAUCAUUCCCACUGCGGGAGGUUCUGUUUAUGCAGUGGCUGUUUGCCCUUAUGAUGCUGGAAGGGUAGCAGUAAGUGUAGGAGAUGGUGCGGUCCGCGUAAUGGAGAGUAAUACCCUCGUAGAUGAUGACAUGAAAAUCACACCUCCAAGGGUCUACUCCUACUGGCAGAAUGUUCAAGGAAAAGUCCUCAACGUCGCCUGGCAUCCCACCAGAGAGAAUGUGCUAGCUUAUUCUACUGGAGAAUCUCGAGUUGGUGUAAUAGACACUAGCAUCAAAUCAGAAUCGGGCCGAGUAUUGAACUGUGCUCUCAGUCACGGCGUGUACUCUCUGAGUUGGGGAGAAGAUAUGAACCUGUACGCCAGUGGCGGAUGCAAACUGGUCAUGUAUAACGCCCAACGUUAUAACGAAGACCCCCAACUGCUGGACAUAACAAUAGAGGGUCAGAAGUGGGAAAUAUGUGCGGUGUCAUGGUUCCCUCGCGGGCUCUUCGUUGGCUCAGCCAACGGCGGGGUCGCUCUACUCACUCCCAGCCACCCACACACACUCAUCGUUGCCAAUUUCGUCUUUAACAAAAUGAUACAUGCAAUCGAGUGGCACCCACAACAGACAUCGAGUUCGACUGAGGAGUCUCCAUACAAGAACUUCAUUGCUGUCACCUCCUUGGAUAAAGAUUGUGGCAUUGCUAUUGUAGAAUAUGUCACCGCAGAAGGUUCUUUUCUUAUUCUAGCAACUUAUUCUUAUGAUUUAGAGUUUUACUUGUUUUUAAAGAGGCAUUGCAUACAAGAUUUGUGUUAUCCUCGAAAGUUAUCGAAGACUAUAGACAGUUUUCGAGUAAUCCUCGAAAGACAUCGAGUAAAGGUCGAUCGCUUUCGAGAUACGCUCGAAAAUGGGUCAAAAAAGUUGACCACAUGGAAGAUGUUGUAUGGCCACACGAAGGCAGUGCUCCAAGCCACUUGGAACCCACAUCGUGAGGGAAUAUUACUGUCCUCCUCACAGGACACUACUGUUAGGGUAUGGGAUGUAUCAACGGGUAUCUGUAUAUCAAUAUUCGCUGGCCACUCGACUGUGUCACUAGGAUUAUGUUGGAUGUCUCAGCCACAGCUAGCUGACUACGUCAUGACGGGCGGCGGCGAAUUCUGUCUCAGGUUGUGGAACAUCAACGAACAUAAAACUGAGAAUUUUGUUGCCGAAUCCGGCACCGUAGCCAAGAAGCGGCAACGCAGAAAAGGGAAAAAAGGAGUCGUGGACGUAAGCUCAGGAGAGGAAGAACAUGUAGCACUACAAACUGCACUUACCAGCAAAUAUAGCAAGCCGACGAAGAGAUUCCUUCUACCAAUCAUGUUUAAACAGUUCAAUGACCCCAUCAGACGGUUAGACGCACCUAGAAAAAUGUUGCAAAUGUGGCUAGAGAAGAAUGAAUAUAAACUUAAAGAAAAUCGUGAAAGUGGUUCAACCAGCCCCACUGAACAAAAUGUAAUUCCAUCUCCAUCUAAAGAAAAUGGUUCCAUAAUAGAUGAGAAGGGAGAUUAUGUUCUGGCACAAUCAGGAGACAAAGCUGAGGGAGCUGCAGGGAAUAAUGAGGUUGACGAAGGAGUGCUAUAUGAACCCAUAGAGUCCAGUUUAGAUUUCAUCAAAAUCUUCGGUACUGUUAAGGAGGUUAAUGAGUUUUUGGAUAUGGAAAAGCACGGACACUUGGAAGAAGUGUAUCACCCGGAGGCAUAUAUAAUGUUGUCGAUAAUUCGCGGCCACAUCGACUCUAUGAUACAGUUCGCCAGCGAGCGCGAUAUGCUCUGUCCCUUCCUACUUAGUAUGGCGCCCUGCGUGUCUUUCAAGUAUUGGAAAGACGCAACCCAGUUAUAUUUGAAGCAAAUAGAUCGUGUGGUGGCUAGAGGAGAGGAGGAGAGGAUUUUUGAGAAUAAGCACUACGGAGGUUCGAAGUUCCGUAAAGCGGCCUUACAGCUGAGCAUGCAUGACGUCAUGGGUGCUGUCAAAACUCUAUGCGAAGGAAAACUAUACAAGGAGGCGUAUAUACUAUGCCGGCUAAGAUAUAUGGAUAGCAUAGCUGACGAAAUAGUAGCCGAAUGGGCUGAAGAACUCUCGAAAAGCGGACAAAUGAAUAUGUCGGCAUUUCUCUACAUAGUCUUGGGCAAUCUGUCUCAAGCAGCACAAGUGCUAGCAAAGUCUCAAAAGGUAGAUUUCCUCAAAUUGGCGGCAGAAAUUGCGAAAAUCGCUGGUAGAACUACGUUUGCUGACCACGUCACAAAGAAAGCUAAUCAAACUGAAGCCCAAAUUUCCGCAGACAAGACUGAAGAAAUUUUGAAGGAACUACCUUCAAAGAUUGAUCUCCUUAUGAAGGACGAGAUUGCCAAAGCUUGUGAUAAAAUUAAAAGUGAUAUUUUAAACGGUGAAACCUCAAACUCUGUCACGUUAAAUGGUAAUAAUAAAACCAAGGAAUAGACGAUAAGUAGUAAUUUUGUGUUAACACAAUGAGAAUAGAUUUGUUCUAAAAUAUUGUUUUAAUGUUAUGAAAUAAGCCAUGUUUUUAUUUUGGUCCAUCAAUGUAAAACGUUGGUACAAAUGAUAUCUUAUCAUUGGUCUUUUUUAAAAUAAUUGUGAUUUGAUUAUAGAUUUUAGUCGAAUCUCGAUAUGUAUUUUACGGCUCCGUCUGUCAUAGGCCUUAGCUGGGCAUAGGCCUUGUGUAUUGGCAUGUGUAUCUUGUUUUCGUAACUGUUGGAAAAAGUAUACAAUAUCGUUUUUAUGUAAUAAAUACAUUCUCACAACA